GUGUGGUGAGCCAAAUGAAGUCUCCAUUAAAAACUCCUUCAUCCAUUCCACCUUUCUUUCUCCGUCGUUUCCCAAUCCCCAAACACAUAUGCUCUCAGCCCCAAACCCCAAUUCCCACUGAGAAAAUCACCUCAGAUUCAAGCUUGACCCAAACCCAUGUGAUAAACGCUCUUCUAUGUCACAAAAACGACCCCGUAUCGGCUUUGAACUACUUCCGUUCCGUCAAAAAGAAAGGAGGGUUUGUUGAAAGCAUUGAUGUCUUUUGUGUUCUGCUUCACAUUUUGGUUGGUUCUUCACAGACCCAAAAACAAGCUAAGUAUUUGCUUAACGAUAAUUUCGGUUCUGACCGUUCAGGGCCCGCUCCUUCUGUUUUCUUAGAUCAUUUGGUUGUUACCUCGAAAAGAUUCAAUUUCGAGUUGAAUUCGAUAGCGUUUAAUUACUUAUUGAACAGUUAUGUUAGAGUCAAUAGGAUUGAUGAUGCCGUGGAUUGUUUUCAUGGAAUGCUUGAGCGUGAUGUGGUUCCUUGGAUUCCCUUUAUGAAUAGUCUUUUAACAGCAUUGUUUAGGAGGAAUUUGAUGGAUAAAGCUAGGGAGUUGUAUGGUAAGAUGGUUUCCAUCGGAGCUAGAGGCGAUUCUUUUACGGUGUAUGCGAUGAUUCGUGCUUUUUUGAAAGAAGGGAAGCCAUGGGAAGCUGAGGGAUUCUUUAGGGAGGCGAAGGCUCAAGGGAUAGACCUUGAUGCAGGGGUUUAUAGUAUUGCUAUUCUCGCUGCUUGUCAGAAACCUGAUUUGAACAUGGCUGGAGAGUUAUUGAGGGAAAUGCAGGGAAGGGGAUGGCUGCCUUCUGAGGGUACGUUAACAACGGUUAUCGGGGCUUUCGUAAAACAGGGAAAGUUGGCAGAGGCGUUGAGGCUCAAGGAUGAGAUGUUGAGUUCUGGGAUGCCAUUGAACGUGGUGGUUGCGACUAGUUUAGUGAAGGGGUAUUGCAAGCAAGGUGAUAUCGAUCGGGCUUUGGAUUUGUUCAAUAAGAUUAAGGAGGAUGGGGUUGCUCCUAACAAGGUUACCUAUACAGUUUUGAUUGAAUGGUGUUGUAGGAAUAGGACUGUUGAAAAGGCAUAUGAGCUCUAUGAAGAAAUGAAAACCAUGGGUAUACAACCUACUGUUUUCAAUGUGAAUUCCUUGAUUCGCGGGUUCUUAGAAGUCCAUUCACUAAAUGAGGCAUCGAGUUUGUUUGAUGAGGCAGUUGAGUCCGGCAUUGCCACUGUUUAUACAUAUAAUAUUUUCUUAUACCAUUUCUCUAAGGAUGGUAAAGUGAAAGAAGCUUGCGGUUUAUGGCAGAGAAUGGUGACUAAUGGCCUUGUACCAAGUAAUGUUACUUAUAAUAACAUGAUACUUGCCUACUGUAAAGUGGGGGACAUGGAUAUGGCACAUACUAUAUUUUCGGAGAUGGUUGAACGGGGCUUUAAACCUAAUGUCAUCACCUAUUCGAUGUUAAUUGAUGGGCAUUUCAGUAAAGGUGACGCUGAACGGGCAUUAGACGUGUUUUAUGAAAUGGUGGGUGUGCAUAUUGCCCCUUCGGACUACACAUUCAAUAUAAUCAUCAACGGUUUGAGCAAAGUCGGUCGUACAUGCGAGGCUAGGGAUAUAUUGAAGAUAUUUGUCCAAAAGGGUUUUAUCCCGUCAUGUAUGACAUACAAUAGCAUUAUCAAUGGAUUUGUUAAAGAGGGUGCCAUGGACUUUGCCUUGAGAGUUUAUAGAGAAAUGUGUGAAAGUGGAAUUUCUCCCAAUGUUAUCACAUAUACAUCAAUGGUGAAUGGAUUAUGCAAAUGCGAUAACAUGGAUCUUGCCUUGAAAAUGCAUUACGAGAUGAAAAGCAAGGGUCUUCAAUUGGAUGUUCCUGCAUUCAGUGCCCUCAUCGAUGGGUUUUGCAAGAAGCGUGACAUGGUCCGAGCAGGUGAGCUUUUUUCCGAACUCCAGCAAGUCGGGUUAUCUCCUAACGAAAUUGUUUACGGCAGCAUGAUUAGUGGGUUUAGGAAUGUAAAUAAUAUGGAAGCAGCUAAUGAGUUGCACAAGAAAAUGAUAAGUGACGGAAUUCCUUGUGAUCUACAUAUUUACACCACACUAAUUGAUGGAUUUCUGAGAGAGAGUAAGUUACUUCUUGCCUCUGAUCUUUACUCAGAGAUGCUUGCCAAGGGUAUUGUGCCUGAUAUAGUCACUUAUACUGUUCUGUUAAAUGGUCUUUGUAAGAAAGAGCAGCUCGAGAAUGCUCACAAGAUUUUGAAAGAGAUGGAUCGACAGGGCGUUACUCCUAACGUUCUUAUAUAUAAUUCUUUGAUUGUGGGACACUUCCGAGAAGGGAAUCUCGAAGAGGCUUCAAGAUUGCAUAAUGAAAUGCUUGACAGAGGUCUUGUACCCGACGACAUGACUUAUGAUAUACUCAUAAAUGGAAAAGUCAAGGGUGAAAAUACGCCUUCUGGAGUUUCAUGCGCAUAAUUAGCCAACAAAUUUCUGCUAUUGAAAUGCUCUAUAUUUCGAUGGAUUUCGAAGACUGUUGACAAGAAGCAUACAGGGAACUCCAGGUUUGUGUAUGACUACAUCAACCUCCCAGGUUGUCGAGUCACAUCAGAUCUAUAUAAUAAGCUGCAAUCUUCAAACGAUAUGGUAAUAAUUCCUUCCCUUGAAAAUAACUUUUGACAAGUCCAUCUUCUUUCUUCUCGAUCAGUUUGUUUAAUUAUGCCGUGGACUAGUGAUACUUUUUUUCUCUACGCCUGCCUUCUUGCUUACAUAGAUAAAAUGUUCGGUUUCGGUGUGCGAGUACCGCCCGGAAAUCCUCCUGUUAUUUUCCUGUUUACUUUUGAUAUCUGGUUGAUGUCACCAUGGAUAGAAGAGGGUGUAGUUUGGCUAUGAACACCAUGGUUAGGCAAAGAUAUGAUCUGAAUUCUCUAGGGAAGAUAAAAGAUUGAGCUGCAGUGCUUGUGAGCUUAUGUUCCCUGUACAUUAGCCCUUGCUUUAAACUCCAAAUUUGGAAUCCAGUGUUAAAAGUUUCUCUUC